AUGGCCAUGGUCAGACAGAAGAUGAAGCAGCCGAAGCAAAAGCGAACCUCAACUUCUUCAUCUUCGGCAACAACAUAUCGCACACUCUCACCUCACAUGCACAAUGCGGCGUUCGCAAAACUCCGGCUGUCGAUGAGAGCGUCGAACGUCUGA